UUUUUUUUUUAAAAUUCCCCUCCCUCCUCUUCCAACCUCACCCCUGAGGAGGAAGAAGCAGAGGAAGGAGGCGAGAGGAAGCGAAAGACCUUAAAGAAAGAGGGCCUGGCGGGGGUUAGGCACGGCUGAGGAGGGAGUGAAUGGACGGGUGGGGCAGUGAGGAAAGAGGGGGAGGCCUUCAUCACGCCCCCACAGCUGGCAGAUAGACAGACAGGCCAUUCCUCCCCACCCCCUGUGAGGGGACUCCCACCCCAGGCUUUUGAGAAGACCCCCCCUCACAAAAAAAGGGGGAAUCUUGUCUUUUAUCCUCUUGUCUCAUUUUCCAAUAAUUUAAACCCAUUUGACGUUCAGAUUUUGGAGGGGUUUUAAUCCUAAUUUUUCUUUAAACCUAUUUUUUGGGGGGGAGGGAAGGGGAGGAAACCCUGUUUUUAUCCUCUUCUCUGAUUUUCCAGUUAUUUAAACCCAUUUGACAUUCAGAUUUUUUGGGAUUUUUAAACCUAUUUUUUCUUUAAACCUGUUUUUUUUGGGGGGGGGUGAGGGGAAUAGUGGAGACGGGUUUGGGGGGAAACGUUGUGUUCCUGUAACUGUGCUGCCCAUCUCUUGAAGCUUAUGGGUUCUUGAAGCCCAAAGCGAGUGAGGGCAUUAUCAUCCCUCUGUUUUUUGGAGCCCAAGAUUAGUGAAGGCAUUGUCACCCUUCUGCUUUUGAGAGAAGGCAGGGAUUGGUACGUGGGGGAACUUUUAAAAAUAGACAUAUAUAUAUAGUUUUACCCAAAUGGGAGAUGUAGGGCCUUGUAGGAAACUACUAGCUUGACCAUGACAUGAGGUGACGGAAGGGAGGGAAGGGGGGGGAGAAAAAGUCGAACGCCAAGAGCCAAAUAACCCUGGAAGCCUCCAGAAGUGGCCAUGGCAUCAGAAGAGGCCUCGUUACGAGCUCUGGAGAGUCUAAUGACUGAGUUUUUCCACAACGGCACAACAAACGAAAGGAAGCGCGAGAUCGAGGAGCUCCUAAAUAACUUUGCCCAGCAGAUUGGCGCUUGGAGGUUCUGCAUCUAUUUCCUGUCGAGCACGAGGAACGACUACGUCAUGAUGUACAGUUUGACAGUGUUUGAGAACCUGAUCAACAAGAUGUGGCUCGGGGUCCCUUCGCAAGAUAAGAUGGAGAUUCGCAGCUGCCUGCCCAAGCUCCUUUUGGCUCACCACAAAACUAUGCCUUACUUCAUCAGGAACAAGCUCUGCAAGGUCAUUGUGGAUAUCGGCCGGCAAGACUGGCCCAUGUUCUACCAUGACUUCUUCACCAACAUCUUGCAGUUGAUCCAGUCCCCCGUAACCACACCGCUUGGGCUGAUCAUGCUGAAGACGACGUCAGAAGAGCUGGCCUGCCCACGGGAGGAUCUCAGCAUAGCCCGGAAAGAAGAGUUGCGGAAGUUGCUCCUGGAUCAGGUCCAGACAGUCCUCAGUCUUCUUACAGGUAUCUUGGAGAGCAUCUGGGACAAAUACAGUGUUACUGCUGCCACGCCGCCACCAUCUCCGACGUCGGGAGAAAGCGGUGACCUCCUAAGUAGCCUGUUGCAGAGUCCCAGCACGGCCAAACUGCUGAACCAGCCAAUCCCUGUCCUGGACACAGAAAGCGAGUACGUCUGUUCCCUGGCCCUCGAGUGCCUGGCCCACCUCUUUAGCUGGAUUCCCCUCUCGGCGAGCAUCACCCCUUCCCUCCUCACCACCAUCUUCCACUUUGCCCGCUUUGGCUGCGACACCCGAGCCCGCAAGACUCCCUCCCUCAAUGGCAGCAGCCAGAACUCUGUCUUGGGGCCGGAGCGGGGCCGGCUUGGGGUGCUGGCCAUGUCGUGCAUCAACGAGCUGAUGUCCAAGAACUGCGUGCCGGUGGAGUUCGAAGAGUACCUGCUGCGGAUGUUCCAGCAGACGUUCUACCUCCUGCAGAAGAUCACCAAGGAGAACAACGCCCACACGGUGAAGAGGCGGCUGGAGGAACUGGACGAGAGUUACAUCGAGAAGUUUACCGAUUUCCUGCGCCUCUUUGUGAGCGUCCACUUACGGCGGAUCGAGUCCUACUCCCAGUUUCCUGUGGUUGAAUUCCUGGCCCUCCUGUUCAAAUAUACUUUUCAUCAGCCUACCCAUGAAGGUUACUUUUCCUGCUUAGACAUCUGGGCGCUCUUCUUGGAUUAUUUGACCAGCAAGAUCAAGAGUCGCCUGGCUGACAAGGAAGCAGUCCUCAACAGGUACGAAGAUGCUCUGGUUCUGCUGCUAACGGAGGUGCUGAAUCGGAUUCAGUUCAGGUACAACCAGGCCCAGUUGGAAGAACUGGACGACGAGACACUGGAUGAUGAUCAGCAGACAGAGUGGCAGCGGUACUUACGCCAGAGUUUAGAAGUUGUAGCCAAAGUUAUGGAGCUUCUGCCAACCCACGCCUUCUCUACCCUGUUUCCGGUGCUUCAGGAAAACUUGGAUGUCUAUCUGGGACUGCAACAGUUCAUUGUGACAUCAGGGACAGGUCACCGGCUGAACAUCACCGCCGAGAAUGACUGCCGGCGUCUCCACUGCUCCCUGCGAGACCUGAGCUCCCUGCUGCAGGCUGUCGGCCGCCUAGCCGAGUACUUCACCGGAGACAUGUUCGCCGCCCGGUUCCAGGAUGCUCUGACGGUCGUGGAGAGAUUAGUCAAAGUGACCCUCUACGGGUCUCAGAUCAAGCUGUACAACAUUGAAACUGCCGUGCCAUCCGUGCUGAAACCUGACCUCAUUGACAUGCAUGCCCAAUCGCUGGCUGCUCUGCAGGCGUACUGUCACUGGCUAGCCCAGUUCUACAGCGAAGUCCAUCGGCAGAACCCCGAGCAGUUCGUCUCUCUCGUCUCCACCUCCCUGGAAGCCAUCAUGCCGCUCAUCAGCUCCAAGGUGCAAGAGAAACUGCUGCUGUCGGCCUGCCACCUGCUGGUCUCCUUGGCCACUACAGUGAGGCCCGUGUUUCUGAUCGGCAUCCCAGCCAUCCAGAAGAUGUUCAACAGGAUCACAGACAGCUCUGCACAGCGCCUUCCUGAUAAGGCUCAGAUACUGGUGUGUCGAGCGCUGUCUAAUAUCCUGCUGUUGCCGUGGCCAAACCUCCCCGAGAGCGAACAGCAGUGGGCCAUCCGCUCCACCAACCAUGCCAGCCUGGUCUCCGCCCUCACCAGCAACUACCGCAGCCUGAAGUCCAGUGUGAUCUUGCCUCAGAGGAAGGCGCAGCAGGACGACACCAAGGUGGUGAUCCAUCAGACGCUCAGCGUCUUGGAAGACAUCGUAGAGAGCAUCUCCGGAGAAGCCACCAAGUCCCGCCAGAUCUGUUACCAGUCGCUGCAGGAGUCCGUGCAGGUCUCACUAGCUCUCUUCCCCGCCUUCAUUCACCAGUCAGACGUGACAGACAAGAUGCUGAGCUUCUUCCUCACCCUCUUCCAAGGGCUGCGGGUGCAGAUGGGCGUGCCUUUCACCGAGCAGGUCAUCCAGACGUUCCUCAACAUGUUCACCAGAGAGCAGCUGGCGGAGAGCAUCCUCCACGACGGGAGCACCGGCUGCCGAGUGGUGGAGAAGUUCCUGAAGAUCCUCCAGGUGGUGGUCCAGGAGCCGGGGCAGGUCUUCAAGCCCUUCCUGCCCAGCAUCAUCUCGCUCUCCAUGGAACAGGUCUACCCAAUCGUGGCGGAGCGAUCCUCCCCAGAUGUGAAAGCGGAACUCUUUGAGCUGCUCUUUCGGGUCCUGCACCACAACUGGCGGCACUUCUUCAAGUCCAGUGUCCUGGCCAGCGUCCAGAGAGGGGUGACUGACGAGCAGAUGGACAACGAGCCACAAUUCAGUGCCAUCAUGCAGGCUUUCGGCCAGUCCUUCCUGCAACCCGAUAUCCAUCUGUUCAAGCAGAACCUGUUCUAUCUGGAGACGCUGAACACAAAGCAGAAGCUCUACCACAAGAAGAUCUUCCGGACGACCAUGCUGUUCCAGUUUGUGAACGUGCUGCUCCAGGUCCUGGUCCACAAGUCCCACGACCUCUUGCAAGAGGAAAUCGGCAUCGCUGUCUACAACAUGGCCUCUGUGGACUUUGACGGUUUCUACUCGGCCUUCCUGCCUGAGUUCUUGGCCAGCUGCGAAGGCGUCGAUGCCAACCAGAAAAGCGUCCUCGGAAGGAACUUCAAAAUGGACAGGGACCUGCCCUCCUUCACCCAGAACGUGCACAGGCUGGUGAACGACCUCCGCUACUACCGGCUCUGCAACGACAGCUUGCCCCCAGGGACCGUGAAGCUAUAGUCUUCGGCGCGAGGACUCGGGCUCCUGCCGGCCAGCGUCGAGAGCAGGCCUGUCCUCUUCAUGGCACUGCCGCCUCUGCUUCCAGAGGCCGCCGGUCCCCGCAAGGAAGCAGCAGCAUCUUGCCGCGCACUGGAGCCACAUGCCGCGCACACGACACACCCCCUUCCUCGACCUCCCCACACCUCUUUCCGGGUUCUCCCCGCGGCUCAGUCGGCAGCUCCCUUUUUUCCUGCAGGGAGCGUCUUAAGGCCAACCGCAGGCCAGGCCGUUGCUCCUGCUGGGCGUUCUUGUCUUAAUCCCCCACGCAGGGUCUGGUGGUGCCACCGGCAGGUUUCGACAACCGGCGUCAAUCAUGAGACAGAAAGGCCAAAGACUACUUCGGAUGUUCCCACCUUCAUGUCAUUCCGCCUGCCUUCCUUCUCCCUUCCCUGGCCGUUGGGAGAGGAAAUCCUUCCCCACCCCCACUCCCUUCACCCCCAUGUUGGUUUUUAAAUUGCCUUGAAGCCCCCUCUGCCGUCAGUGGAGGGUUACAGAGAGACUUUUGAGUUUUUUUUAAAUAUACAUUUUUUUUUCUCAUCAUUCCAUUGUGAUACUAAAAUGUGCUUAAUGGAAAUAAAAAGUGCUUACUUUGUUGUUUUAAA